AUGAAACCCCUCCCUUUCCCAUUUCCCCUCAACAUCGGCACAGACAUCGUCCACAUCCCACGCAUAGCCCGUCUCCUCGCCCGACCUAAUUACCUCCCACGAUUCACGCGCCGUAUCCUCUGCGACCAAGAACAACACGACUACCACUCGCGCUUCAGCGAAAUCCUCAAAGUACGCGCCGCAUACCACCAGCAGCCUCCACCCGUGCCGGCAGAUAUAACACGCUGGCUGGCGGGACGCUUCGCGGCGAAGGAGGCGGCGCGGAAAGCGGCACCGUCUGGUGCAGCUUCGAUUGGCUGGAAGGAUGUCAUGGUCCGGGUUCAGGAGGAUGGGGGGGGAGGUUUGGGAAGGGUGUGA